ACUAUUAUUGUCAGCAACGUUUUGACUUUUCUAUUUUUAUCAGUCUUUUUCUGAUUCGUAAAUUGUUAUUUAUAUUUUUGCAUAUAAAUUUGAAUUUAACUUGAGUUUAUCAAGAUAAAGAUAUUGUCUUAAAAGUAUGAGGGUUAACGCAGAAAAAAUUCCUCUCGAAACGGAUCAAGGAAUCAUAGAGAGCGAAGAAAGAAGAUGGGGUCUACCUUUGCGGGAAGUAUAUAAACACGGACUGUCUUUUUACAAAGAUAAAGAUGGAAAGGCUAUGCACUUGAGUUAUGAAGACAAGCUGAAGCUAGUAGCAUAUACACAGCAAACAUCUCAUGGUCCAUUGGAUGUUGCCUCAGCUUCACCAUUAGGAGUCUUAGAUGUCAUUGGAAGAGAUAGAAGGGCAGCAUGGCAAAAUCUUGGUCAGAUGUCUCAAAUUCAAGCUAUGGCAGGCUUUGUACACAGUCUGGAUCGAUUGUGCCCAUUGUUUAGACCUUACUUGGAAGCAAUUCAAAAAGAUAUGGAAGCAAAAAAGCAGGAGGAGAUAAAUAAAGAAAGAGAAGAAAAAAGCCACAAAGAUUUGGAAAACAGAAUAAUUCUGGAAAAAGAGAAACAACAGUGCAACAAAUUAACUGAAGAGCAACAAGUGCAGAGAAUAAAAGAUGCACUCAAUGUACAGUCUUAUGACCAGUUUUUGGAGUAUGCUCGACAGCAGUUUCCUGGCAACUUUGACCAGCAAGCUGUACUUAUACGUCAGCUGCAGGAUCAACAUUAUCAACAAUACAUUCAACAGCUUGCGGUUGAUGAAAGAUUAGCAAAGUCAAAUAUUUCUUGUCUUGAAGAUAAAGAAAAUAUUGAAGUGACAAAGGACUGUAAUUCAAAUGAUACGGAGAAUGUUGUCGAUAGCAAGGCAAUGCAAACAACAGAAAAACCUGAAAUAAGUGAUUAUAAUGAUGAAUCAAGGGAGGAUGAUGGAGAAUCGGAAAUUGAUGAUGGCUUACCAGCUGUUGAAGAGGCUCGUAUGUGGACUCGCAGUGAAGUUGAUGAGUUUAAGGAAUCAGCUCGGGCAAAUGGAGGAAUGCUAACAGUAGGGCAUGGGGAGACAGUGACAAUACGAGUCCCAACUCAUUCCAGAGCUCGGUCCAUAUGUUGGGAGUUUGCUACUGACCAUUAUGAUAUAGGUUUUGGUCUUCACUUUGAAUGGAGCAAGUCAACUACAUCAGAAGUAACUGUACACGUGUCGGAGUCUGAUGAUGAAGACGACGGCGAUGAGGACGAUGAUGCAGACGAAGAGUAUACAAUUCAAAAUACCUCAGAUCCGGAAGUAGGUUCCGGCAAACGAGUGCCAAACACACCGCGGCCUCUCGCCAGUCUUAUUGUACCUAUAUACAGGCGUGAUUGUCACACUGAGGUGUAUGCAGGAUCUCACACCUACCCUGGCGAAGGCGUUUAUUUACUCAAAUUUGAUAACACAUAUAGCCUAUGGCGCUCAAAAACUCUAUAUUACAAAGUAUAUUACAUACAAUAGAUGUAUAAUGUUGUAUAAACAUAUUUAUAUUUGAAAGAUGUAUUGAUGUAACUAAGUGUUGUUAAAGUAAAUUUUGAUUUUACAAAUUAAAACAAUUAUUAUUGACUAAUAAUUACCACCCAAUUAUUUGAUAAUUAAUAAAAAAAAUAUUAAGUUUAUUAUCUUAUUUUUGUGUGUGGAAAUUAAAAUAUAGAUGUUAUUUUUUAACUUUAAAAAUUAACUGUUACGUCCAGUUUCGGAUUAUAUAUAAACCAUGACAACUAAAAAAAUAUUCUAAUCUAUUCCAUUUCGCUAAUGGUUAUAUUAGUAAUUAGAUAAUUAGUGAAUUUAUUUAAGAAUAUAUUAUUACAUUUAUUUUAAUUUACAUUUUAUCUAAACCCAAUUGUAUGUUUCAAAUUUAGGUUCAGUCAUGAUCUUGUAUGAGCACAAUAAAUAAGUAAAAAAGUUUUUUUUUUUACAAAUCUUGCUUGCAUUCAAAUAUUUUAAUUAUCUCUACUAUAUUGGUCAGACGGAUGCACUGUCAGUAUUUCUUAAUGUGCAAAAUUUCAGAUUAUAUUAUUUAAGUUUAUGAGAAAAUAUUGUUACAUCUAGUCCCAAAAUAAAUAUUAUCAUGUGGUUAAUAUAUUUUUUUGAUAAUAUAUUAAAUUUAUUUUGUCAUUAAACGGUUCACUGUAAUGAGUAGGUUAAUGAAAAAUAUAGUAUUAAAGUUAAUGCAUUUGUUAAGAUGUUCUAGAAUGUAUAUUUGUUGUGGCGUAGUUCCUCUGUAUUUUGUAUAGCUAUUAACAUUUAGAAUUUAGCAAAAGUAGUACUUAACAUGAUUUAAUAGAUUAAAUAAUUGUUUUUACGAAAAGGGAAUAUUUAUAUAGAAAGUUUUAUUUGAAAUAAUUAUAUUAUUAAACUUUCGAAUCUGGUAGAUCCAGAUUAUUAUCUGAUAUUGUAAUACACAUAAAUUAAAAACAUCUAUUCGUUAGGAUAUAUUUAAUUUAUGUGAAAAAUGGUUACUGGAGAAAAAUACAUGUAUUACAUAUAUUAUUAUUAAACGAGUUGUUAUUUUGCACUUUA